AUGAAAAGACUCAAAGAAGACACAUCUGACAAUGAGUCAGAUUCGUGUGAAAAGGAAACGCUUCUUCAUAGUACAUCCAAUUCCACAAUUACAAAAGUCACAAAAAAUGGUCUGCCACUUUUGAUGACACCUACUAAUUUUGAAAAUUCAGUCUUUGUUGACACUUCCGAAAGUACACAAGAGUUACCGUCUGUUCUAGUGCAAACGAAGAACUUUUCUGGAGGAGAAGGCCUUCGCUUGGCUAAGCUGUUCCGAAACUUCUCUUGUUUCCGGAACAGCCUCAUGGAUCUCGGAGGUUUCAAGCGGUUGAUGAGUCAACUAGGAUCCAACGCUGACGAAGAAACAAUGGAAAGCAUCUUUCAGCUUGCGGACAAAGACAAAGAUGGCCAUCUUUCCCUCGAUGAAUUCUUGAAGAUUGCACGUGUUGCUCAUUUCCAUCCUCCACUGUCUGUCGAAAAGCACAGCAUCGCAACCAGAACAGAGUCCCGGAGCCCACAACGAUCCACAACAGUACACGACUGUAGAACAACGAUGAUUCAACAAAAGGAAUGGACAAAGGAAUAA